AACUACCGUGUGAAAAUGACUCAACAAAUGCAGAACCUACAUCUUUCUCAGUCGAAGAAACAUAGUGCCCCAUCGUCUCCCAAUGCCGCCAAACGCCUGUACAGAAACCUCUCUGAGAAACUGAAGGGGAGUCACUCUUCAUUUGACGAGGCCUAUUUUCGAACAAGAACAGACCGGCUGAGCCUCAGAAAGACCUCAGUGAACUUCCAGGGCAAUGAAGCCAUGUUCGAAGCAGUCGAGCAGCAGGACAUAGAUGCUGUGCAGAUGCUCCUGUAUCAGUACACACCAGAGGAACUAGAUCUCAACACACCUAACAGUGAGGGGCUGACGCCUCUGGAUAUCGCCAUCAUGACCAACAACGUGCCCAUCGCCAGGAUUCUUCUAAGGACAGGGGCCCGAGAAAGUCCACACUUUGUCAGCCUGGAAAGCCGAGCCCUGCACCUCACCACGCUGGUGCAGGAAGCCCAGCAGAGGGUGAGUGAACUGUCUGCCCAGGUGGAGAACGAAGGACCAAGUCUGGACAGCACAGAGAAGGAAAAACAGCUGAGAGCUUGGGAGUGGCGGUGUCGGCUGUACAGACGCAUGAGGACGGGCUUCGAGCACGCCAGAGCCCCUGAGGUGCCAACCAACGCCUGUCUCAUGGUAACCAGCAGCACGGCGCUCACUGUCAGCUUUCAAGAGCCUCUUAGUGUCAACGCAGCUGUAGUAACCAGAUAUAAAGUGGAAUGGAGCAUGUCUAAAGACUUUUGUCCUUUGGCUGGAGAAAUCAUCAUGGAAAACUUGCAGACCCUGAGAUGCACGAUCACAGGACUUACAACGGGCCAACAGUAUUUUGUUCAAGUCUCGGCUUAUAACAUGAAAGGAUGGGGACCUGCUCAGACCACCGUACCGGCAUGUGCCUCGCCUUCUAACUGGAAAGACUAUGACGACAGAGAGCCCAGACACAAGGGACAGAGUGAAGUUUUGGAAGGUCUGCUGCAACAGGUCCGAGCUCUUCAUCAGCAUUACAAUUGCCGAGAAACUUCAAAAUUACAAACCACAGGCCGCAAGCAGUCAGUCUCACGGAGCCUGAAACACCUAUUCCAUUCCUCAAAUAAGUUUGUGAAGACCUUAAAACGGGGACUCUACUUAGCCGUUAUAUUUUAUUACAAAGACAAUAUGUUAGUCACCAAUGAAGAUCAAAUACCAAUUGUUGAAAUUGAUGACUCUCAUACCAGUUCCAUUACACAAGACUUUCUGUGGUUCACAAAGCUGUCCUGUAUGUGGGAAGAUAUAAGGUGGCUGAGACAAAGCGUACCUAUCUCCAUGUCCUCAUCCACGGUGCUGCAAACUCGGCAGAAGAUGCUCGCAGCAACGGCCCAGCUACAGAACUUACUUGGAACACACAACUUGGGAAGAGUUUACUAUGAGCCCAUUAAAGACCGGCACGGAAACAUCCUCAUAGUCACCAUCAGGGAAGUGGAGAUGCUUUAUUCAUUUUUUAAUGGCAAAUGGAUGCAGAUCUCAAAGCUCCAAAGCCAGAGGAAGUCUUUGUCAACACCCGAGGAGCCAACAGCCUUAGACAUUUUACUGAUCACCAUCCAGGAUAUUCUCUCUUAUCACAAAAGGAGUCAUCAGCGUCUCUCUCCUGGAUUAUAUCUGGGUUACCUAAAGCUGUGUAGCUCUGUGGAUCAGAUCAAAGUUCUGGUUACCCAAAAGUUGCCCAACAUUCUCUGCCACGUGAAGAUCCGUGAAAACAAUAACAUUUCCAAAGAGGAGUGGGAAUGGAUCCAAAAGCUUUCUGGCUCUGAAUCUAUGGAAAGUGUGGAUCAUACUUCUGACUGCCCCAUGCAAUUGUUCUUCUACGAGCUCCAGAUGGCAGUGAAAGCCCUCCUUAAGCAGAUCAAUACACCUUUACACCAGGCAAGGAACUUCCGCCUCUACACACAGGAGGUGUUGGAAAUGGGUCACAAUGUGUCCUUUCUUCUCCUGCUCCCUGCCUCAGACGACGUCUGUACAGCCCCAGGACAGAAUAAUCCUUACACCCCACACUCAGGGUUUCUUAACCUCCCUCUUCAGAUGUUUGAACUUGUUCAUUUUUGCAGCUACAGGGAGAAAUUUAUUAGUCUGUAUUGCCGCCUUUCUGCUGUGGUGGAGCUGGAUUCUCUGAAUACCCAACAGUCCCUGAGGGAAGCGAUCUCAGACAGCGAGGUUGCAGCUGCCAAACAAAGACACCAGCAAGUUUUAGAUUUCAUGCAGCAAAUAGAUGAAGUUUGGCGUGAAAUGAGAUGGAUCAUGGAUGCUCUACAGUAUGCAAGAUACAAACAACCAGUCUAUGGCUUGCCCAUCACGAAGCUGCUAGACCCUUCAGAGGAGCAAAACCUCAAGAAGAUCAACUCUACAUCAUCACAUAUAGACUGUCUUCCAUCCCCAUCCCCAUCCCCAGAGAUGCACAGAAGAAAGGCAGUGACCGAUUCACAGCCCUGUUCUGAUGAAGAAGGCUGCUCAGAAGUCUUCCUCCCCACCGACAGCGACUACGACUCCAGCGAUGCUCUGAGCCCCCGAGACCUGGACCUGGUGUACCUGUCAUCACACGACAUCGCCCAGCAAGCGCUAAGCGGCCUAAGUGGCAGCGCCCCCGACGUCCUUCAGGUGCAUGACAUUAAGAGUCCUCUGGGGCCCGGUCAGGACCCCCAGGGCCGGGUCCUGGGGCCAGACCCUGACCACUCGUGCGCCGAGGUCCUCCACAGCCUGACGCUGACGGGCUUGGCGUCCAAGAACCAAGCCAAGAUGGCGCCAGGCUCGCGGCCGGCGCUGGGCUUCCUGGGAAAGCGGAAGGCGGCCAAGCACCAGCACUACGGCGGCUUCAGCCGCCAUCAGCGCUGGCUGCGCAUACACAGCGAGACGCAGUCGCUGUCGCUGUCCGAGGGCGUUUACACGCAGCACCCGUCCCGGGCCUGCGGCCUGGCCGAAGAUCCUGCAGAGGCCGAGCGGCUGGGACCAGCCCCCGAUGGGCCCCGGAGCCUGAUUCUAGCUCACACCAGGAGCCUCCCUGAAGAGGGGAAGAGCACUCUCCAAGACCCGAGGCCUGCCGUACGCCGCAUUUACGUGGAGCCCUACUCUGCAGCGAUGGUGGACUCAAAGCCCUGGGCUGCCUUGAGCCCGCCCCCAGGAAGCCACUCUGGCCUGCCCAGCCCCACAGGUCCGGAGAUGAGCCCUGAGGGCCCGACCACAUCCCAGGUGUCAGAAAUACUAAGCAGCAUGCUUUAG